AUGUUUGGCCGUUUGAACAACGGCUGGUCACACAUGGUCGUCUACGGUUUUGCCUAUCCAAUGCUUCUUCUCACACUUAUCGCCCCACUGUGUGCGGUGAUGUUAGGAAUGGGAAAGCGAGAGAAACGAGAAGGAGAUCGACGAUACCCGAAUCCCUUGUACCAAAUGAUAUGGCUGUUGGCGUUCUGUGGAUGGGUGAGCGUACUGGCGCCGCUACCGUUCACAGUGUGGUACUACAUUAUCGGUGAAGGAACCAGGUCUCUCAAUCAAUCUGUUGUCAUGUGUCACGUAUUCCGUACUACCAUGGAAGCAAUUCCGCACACGAUCGACACCAUGAUGACGCUUUUCAGUGUUUCUAACUCAAUACCAUCGGAACACAUUGAAGCUUCGGACGGUCGAGCGAUUCUCAAGAGCUAUCUGGUGAUCAUUUUCGUAUGUGUUGCCACUGGACUGCUGAGGUUCUUCGAGCAUGACACUACGGUCUACCAGUUUUGUAUGGACACCGAGCCAACGCCACAAUGGGCAGCACGUUGUAUGGUACGAGACGGAGCGUUGAUGAGCAUUUUGACAAGGUCUUUUUGGAAGGUUUUUCUGCCUCUAGCAGACUUUGUUGUACAGUUCCUGAUACCUGGCUGUUUGUUGGCACUUCUUCACGUUGGAUUCAUACGAGAACCUGAAAUAGACAUGGGAGCCAUGACUAGACACAAUCGAUUCGGUCGUACACCACGCGAUCAGACGCGGAUACUGAUCACAACGGUGACGAUCGCUUUUCUCGUCGUACAAGUGCCGACUGCCUUCAUAACGACUCUCAGUCUCACCAUAAAUCACUUCCAAAAUAACAAUGCUCUGAUGAUUCUUGCCUUGGUGACUGGUCACCUCCAACCUAUGCUUUCAAUUAUAACAAUUGCCGCCAACUCAGCUGCGCUUCUUACUGCAUACUAUGUUAUUGUUAAGGAUGACGAUAUUGACGUUGGAGAUUCUCGCACUUCGCUGUCGGAAACAGAAGGACCGCAUGAGAUGUUGCUACGACAGCAACAAAACGUCCGAAACACAAGGCAAGUGUGGACGAGUUUCCGAAGGUUCGACUCUUCGCGUCUCGAGCUGUGA